GGCCUGAGGGGCCCGAGAGAUCGCGAGAGAUUCUGGCCGAUCCUGCGUGAAACUGCGAACGUCUAUUGUUUUCGGAAAUGAUGGAGAAGUGUUGAGUUGUGUGACGUAUUGACUUAAAAUUAGGGUUGAAAUAUUGGCUGCUUGUUUGUGAUAGCUUUAAAGAUGCCACCAAAAGUGAAGCCGGCUCAACCGAGCAAAAAAACGGUUGAGAAAAAGAAGGAAAAAAUUAUAGAGGACAAAACAUUUGGCUUGAAAAACAAGAAAGGUGCAAAGCAGCAGCGAUUCAUUCAGCAAGUUCAGCAUCAGGUCAAAAGUGGUGGAAAUGUCAAGAAAACUGAAGAUUUAAAGAAGCUGGAAAAAGAGAAGAAACUAAAAGAUCAGAAAGAAAUGAAUUUACUUUUUAAACCUGUAGCAACACAGAAAGUUGAAAAGGGUACAGAUCCAAAGUCAGUGUUGUGUGCAUUUUUCAAGCAAGGUCAGUGCUCAAAGGGCGAUCGUUGCAAGUUCUCACAUGACCUAACACUGGAGCGCAAGGCAGAGAAACGCAGUGUGUACUGUGACAUGAGGGAUGAAGGGGAUGAUACAAUGGAAAACUGGGAUGAGGAGAAACUAAAGGAAGUUGUUGAGAAGAAACAUGGAGAAGCAGAAAGGAAAAUGCCUCCUACUGAUAUUAUAUGUAAAUUCUUCCUUGAAGCUGUGGAGAAGAGUAAAUAUGGUUGGUUCUGGCAGUGUCCUAAUGGAUCAAGCUGCAUCUACAGACAUGCUCUGCCUCCGGGAUUUGUUCUCAAGAAGGACAAAAAGAAGGAAGACAAAAAGGACGAGAUUUCACUUGAGGACCUGAUUGAGCGUGAACGGGCUGCACUGGGUUCAAACCUGACUAAGGUUACUCUGGAAACAUUUCUUGCAUGGAAGAAGCGAAAGGUAAAGGAGAAGAAGGAGGCAGCGAUAAAGGAGGAGGAAAAGAAGCGGUUAGACUACAAAGCAGGACGGCAAAUUGGGAUAUCUGGACGUGAAAUGUUCUACUUUAAUCCUGACCUGGCAGUAGCUGAUGAGUUUGAGGAGGGAGAUGAAGCAUUUGAUUCCUACAAUUUGGACGAUGAGGAUGGACAGAAUAAUGUUGAGUACCGUGAGAUUCAGUUGGAUGCCUUGGCCAUGGAGGCCCAAGAAGUGGAUGGAACAGGAACUCAGGCCUCUGAGGAUCGCUUGAAAUGCAAGGAGACCAAUCGCAGCACAACAAAUGGGGAAGUCAUCUUAUCUGAAGAUCCAGGUGGAGGAAGUGAGGGUGCUACAGCUAUUCCUAUUAACGAGAAUUUGUUCAUUGAUGAUGAUGAAGAUUUAGAUGACCUAGAUGAAGCAUUGGAUGACCUAGAUUUGGAACAGUGACCUUGGUGACAAGCCAAGUCUGGUCUUGGUUGUCCACCAUUUGUAGGAUGUGUAAUUGUGAAAAUUGUGCAUCUAAAUACAGUGUUUAAAUUAUUAACAUCCUAUUUUGCAAAGGUGUUAAGUGUUAACAAAAACUGAAAUGACACUUCAGGGAAGUUUCUCAUUAUCGGUCCCCUAUCCUAACAUCUGUAGUUCUGUAACGAAUUUGAAUAUUAUUCACUUCACGUAGUACUGACGUUAUAUGAAAAAGUGUUGGUUAAACGAAGGACCUUGUGAUAAAUGUUUGACUAGUGGUUCAGGUACUGUUUACAAUUUUUGUGCUUGCCUGUGGCUACUGUCUAAGCCCCAGACUUUAAUUAGACAUUUACAGUUUUAUAAUAUAAUGCAGUGUGUUCAGGUGAGGUAAAAACAUGAUGCUUGCAACAGCAUGUCAGUAGUUUCCUGCAUGACUGUAGAGAUAACAGUGCAGGAGGUUCCCUUAACUUUAGCGCUCUCUCUCUCAACUUAAACUGAACUUCAUUAUUGAUUGUUAUACAAUGCUGACAGAAACUUACUAUUCUUUAUAAGAACUGCUAGGACUGACCCCCUUCCCCGCUACUUGCAGGUAUGCCUUUUAGUACAUAAAUAAAUGUAUCAAAACAUUUAUGAAGCUCUGAAGUGAAUAAUUCACUGUGCACACCACACCACUACUUGUGGAAAAGACAGAAAGAUUUGAGUAAGUAGAACUUUCACGCACUACUGUAUCAAGCACACCACAUUUGUUAACUGCAUGAGUGGCUGUAGUGUUCAUAAUGUUGCUGCAUCUUCUUUUUUCUUUGUUACAUAUGAUCAUGUUAGUACACACAAUAUAAAAGUAUGGAGUGAAAGAAUCAUAAUGCUGGACAACAAGUGUUAUUACAGAGCAUAAUAGAGAUAUGGUGUGCUGUGUCACUUCAGGAUGUCAAAAUGUGUCGCAAAACUUGUUUGUGUGUUGCAGGCAGAAAGGGGUCAGUUCUAGUAGUUCUAAUAAAAUAUGGUAGGUUUGUAUUACCUUAUUGUAGUAAUCAGUAAUGCAGUUCUGUUUGGUGAAGGCAUGGAAAUCCCCUGCAGCAUUUCCCCCAUCCACACGGUAAACUACUGCCAUGAUAUUGCAAGCAGGCUGUUUGAGUCCAAAUGGAAUGAACUGUACAUGAAUUUUGAAAUGUUUCCUGGUUGGAGUAAAUAACACAUAUUAAAGAAUAAAAUAAA